CCAAAUAAGCACAAAGAAGAAGAAGAAGAAUCAGACGUCGCAGGAGCUCACGCGGCCACCGUAGCGUUACUUCACGUAAACAUGGCGUCUGACGAAGAUAGCGAUGAGGAUUUCGUUAGUUAUGGAACUCCUUUAGAGCCUCUGGAAGAAGACGAACCCAUUAGGAAGCCAGUACCUGUGCACGAGCAGACGGUUAAAGAUGAGAAGGGCCGAUACAAGAGAUUUCACGGUGCUUUCACUGGCGGCUUCUCCGCUGGUUACUUCAACACAGUCGGCACUCAAGAAGGCUGGACUCCAUCAACAUUUGUAUCAUCUCGACAGCAAAAGGCAGAGAGACCGAGUGCUAGACCAGAGGACUUUAUGGAUGAAGAGGAUUUUAGUGAGCAUGGUAUUGCCCCUCGGGAGAUUGUCACCACGGCUGAUUUUGCAUCUGAGAGGAAAGAUCAGUUGAAGGACAAGGCUCGAGCGGUCAGCUCUCUUGCUGCUCUGAUACCUGGAGACACUGGACUGCUGGAGGAGCUCAUUGCCCCUGCAAGGUCAUCCAUUGGUGUGGAGCUGCUGAGAAAAAUGGGCUGGAAAGAUGGCCAGGGAGUCGGACCAAGAGUGAAGAGAAAGCAUCGCAAGCAAAACACUGAUGCGAUUAAAGUGUAUGGCUGUGUGAUGCCGCCCAAUGGAUCAGAGGAGUCAGAGGAGGAAGAUGAUGAAUUUGCUCCAGAGAAUGUGACCUUUGCCCCCAAAGAUGUAGUCCCAGUGGACUUCACCCCUAAAGUCGACUCACAUGGUCUGGGUUACAGAGGGCUCAACCCACUUCAGGCCUUGGGUGGCGGAUCAGAAUCAGGACAUAUAAACCUCUUCACGCUUCAGUCUGACAGAGCAAGCAGCUUAUUUGGAGACAGAAAUUCAGGACAGAAACGCAGGGGAGGGAUUGGAGGACAGGCUUUUGGUGUUGGUGCAAUGGAGAACGAAGAUGUCGAUAUUUAUCAUAAAGACUCCAUGUCCAACUAUGAUACUGUUUUGGGAGGAGAAGAACCAGGGGAUGGACUCUAUGGAUGGACCGCACCCCAGCAGUACAACAGGAAGAAGAAUGACUCAAAAAGAGAUGUGAUGUAUUCGGGCAGGAUUCUGGAUGGGUUUGCAUUGGCCUCCCAAGGCACAGAGAUUAAAACGGUCUAUCCUCCCCCUGAUUUGCCCCGUGAUUAUCGGCCCGUGCAUUAUUUCCGUCCUGUGGUCGAUUUGUCCACCGUCAGCCCCAUCGUUGCACAGGCACUGCAGGCUUCACGUGGACACCUAUCACAGGACGCACCACAGAAGGGCCGUCACAGCUUAGACUCUUCUCAGAGACGUGACAUGCUGGGAGAAACGCCUCUACAGGGCCCAAGCUCUGUGUUUGAACUGAUUGGGAGUAAGGACCGAGAGCGGCUGAACGAAAUCCGCGGUGUAGGCAAGGAGCAGAAUAAGUCUGUGUUAAACCUUUCCUCAGCUGAAGAUCGAGCCGUUGUGGUGGCUUCGGCUAAAGCUGCUGCUCUACAGGCCAUGUCCAGCCGUUUCCAGUCAACCACCUCUCCAGCCGAAACUCAGGCUUCCUCUGAAACACAGAUGGCUUUGAACGCUUGGUCUGGUCCCACUGCAGAUGUCGGCAAAACCUUUAAACCUUUUGCAAAAAAUCCCCAGAAACAGGCUCGCUAUGAUCUGUACAUCAACAAACUCAAAAAGGGUGAUAAAGAUGCCCUGGAGUUGAGUCUGGACACUUCCAUGACGGAGUGGGAGAGAGGGAGAGAAAGGGAUGAAUUUGUGCGUUCUGCAUUACUCUAUAAGCCCAGCAACUCUUCUCUCUCCUCACGCUUCACACGCAGCAAACAUGAGGAUGAUACAGACAGUGUUGAGGUCACACGGGAUCAAGAGAAUGAUGUGGAUGACAAGCAGGCUGCUGUGAAGAUGAAGAUGUUUGGAAAGCUGACCAGAGACACAUUUGAGUGGCACCCUGAUAAACUAUUGUGUAAAAGGUUCAAUGUUCCAGACCCUUACCCAGGGUCCAGUUCUGUGGGAAUGCCUAAAAUAAAGCGAGAUAAGUACUCGGUUUUUAACUUCCUGACAAUAACUGAUGGCAGCCAGGUCAGCAGAGAGGCUUCGAGUCCUUCCAGCUCCAGCACAACCCUUCCCCAUUUGACUCCAGAAGUCAAGAAGAAAUCCAGGUGGGACGAAGCAGAGCGGGUAUCUGAACAUAAAGACCCACUUGGUGCGUUCCUCAGUGAAACACGCAGUGAGGUUUCAGUGGCCAAGCAAAUGGAAGCUGGGGCCAAGAACCAGACCGACUCUUCACAAGCUUCUGCCAGUCCAGAGGUGAAAGUGACCCAGUCCGAUGGGAAGGAGACCGAGCCAAAGACUGAGGAGGAGGAGAAGGAAGAGGAUGAAGAAGAAGUGAGGCCUCCUAUGGAUCUCUUUAAAGCCAUCUUUGCCAGCUCUUCGGAUGAGAAGAGCUCCUCUUCAUCUGAAGAGGAUAGUGAAGAAGAAGAGGUGGCCCCUUCAACAUCUGAACCAAUCCAGAUCAGUGCAGAGACCCUCAACCCACCCGUCUCAACUCCGAGCAAGCCAUCUGCUGAAACAUCUACAGCACAAAAUACCCAGUCCUCCUCCCGUAGUGCUCCUGAUAAACCACAAGACCUGGAUGAAGAGGAGUUUGGCCCCAGACUGCCACCUCCUGGAUUUAUCCCACCUGCACACUCGCCGCAGCUGAAGAAACAAAAGAAGAAAGAUAAAGAGAAACACAAAGCCAAGAAACACAAAAAAGAGAAAAAGAAGAAAAAGAACAAGAAACAUAAGCAUAAAGGGAAACAGAAGAAGAGGGUUGACGAGUCUAAUAGCAGCUCAGACGACACAGACUCCAACAGUGAAGAUGAAAAUCGAGUUGUGUCUACUAGUGAACUGCUCCAGAGGUUAAAAAACAUCAGGAACAAGAGAUAGAAUGUGUCUGAAGAACCAAGAGUGAAGAGUUUGUCUUACAGAAACUUCAAGAUGAAUACUAAUUUUGUGUGUGUGUGAGAGUGUUGGUACAUUUAAGUGUACCUAAUUGGCCAAUGUGUUUUGAUUGCAGAUGUUUUUUUAAUUACAGAUUCAUAAAAAAAAAAAACAGAAGAUAAGUGAUUAUUAUAAUAAAAUGUCAACCAGCUGUACUCAAA